GAACAAUGAACUUGACAAAACAAGCUAUUCCUCACUUGGAAAACAUUCAACGCUCGAUCUUUCAUACCCUCAACUCACUCAACUCAUCUCUGUCACAGACACAACAAGCGCAUGAUCACAUUCUCAAAACCGGCAUCUCUAAUGACAUGGAUCUCGCAACAAAGCUUCUGUCUCAAUAUGCAAAUCACCAAGACUUCGAUGACGCAAACCAAAUCCUUUCUUCUACUCCGGAGCCGACAACCUUUUCUUACUCUACUCUUAUCUACGCCUACUCGAAACAAAAUGUUUUUACUCAAUCGCUUCGUGUAUUCGCUCAAAUGCUCUCUCACGGUCUGGCACCUGAUACUUACUUGUUGCCUAAUAUUGUUAAGGCUUGCACUAGAUUGUUGUCAUUGGAAACUGGAAAACAAGUUCAUGCAAUGGUGUUUGUAUACGGAUUUUAUUUAGAUUCGUUUGUUCAGUCUUCUUUGAUUCAUUUGUACAUUAAAUGUCAGAACAUUGGGGACGCUCACAAAGUGUUUGAUAGAUUAGCCCAACCGGAUGUGAAAACUUUUAGUGCUCUGCUUGCGGGUUACGCUCGACAAGGGUGAGUGGAUGUAGUGAAAAAACUCUUUAACGAGAUGGGUCGUUUAAGAGUGGAACCUAAUGUGUUGUCUUGGAAUGGUAUGAUUGCAGGGUUUAAUCAUAGUGGCAAUUAUGAAGAGGCGGUUAUUUUGUUUCGAAGGAUGCAUUUUGAAGGAUUUACGCCUGAGGAGCAUAGUGUUUCUAGUGUUCUUUCAGGUGUGGGCGACUUGGAGAAUCCCAAACUUGGGUUUCAGAUUCAUGGUUUUGUGAUUAAGCAGGGUUUGUUAGGGAACGAGUGCAUCAUUAGUUCACUUAUUGAUAUGUACGGAAGGUGUGCAUGUACAUGGAAUAUGUCCAAAGUGUUUCAUGAAAUGGAAAAUCUGGAUGCAGUUGCUUGCAAUGCUUUUGUUACGGGUCUCUGUAGGAAUGGUCUUGUUGAAAAUGCAUUGGAGGUCUUUAGGCAAUUCCAAAGCCAAGGAGUGGAAUUAAAUGUUGUGUCUUGGACGUCAAUGGUUGCUGGUUUCUCACAGAAUGGGAAAGGUAUUGAGGCAUUGGCUUUUAGAGAGAUGUAGACAGUGGGGAUAAAGCCAAACAAUGUUACAAUACCUUGCUUGCUAUCAGCCUGUGGAAGUAUUUCAGCAUUGAUGCUCGGGAAGGCGGCUCAUUGCUUUUCUAUCAGAAGAGGAAUAUCUGAUGCUAUGAAUGUGUCUGGGGCACUAAUUGAUAUGUAUGCAAAGUGUGGAAGGAUUCAAAUGUCACGACUUUAUUUUGAUAGGAUAUCAUCCAAAGACUUGGUUUCUUGGAACGCGCUAAUGGGUGGAUAUGCUAUGCAUGGAAAGGCUAAAGAAGCUAUAGAGAUUUUUCAUUUGAUGCAAAGGAGUGGACAAAAUCCUUCUUCUAUUAGCUUCAUUUCUGUAUUAUCCGCCUACAGCCAGGCUGGCCUAGCUGAUGAAGGCUGCAAAUUUUUUGAUAGCAUGUGUAAAGAGCACGGUAUUGAAGCAAGGAUGGAGCACUAUUCUUGCAUGGUGACCCUUCUAGGUCGUGUUGGAAGGCUGGAAGAGGCAUAUAAUAUGAUUGAGCGAAUGCCUUUCGAGCCAGACGCUUGUGUUUGGGGAGCUUUGCUUAGUUCUUGUAGAGUUCACGGUAAUGUGAAUAUAGGUGAGGCUGCUGCUAAACAUCUCUUUGAACUGGAACCUACAAAUCCUGGGUACUACAUCCUUCUGUCCAAUAUAUAUGCUUCCAAAGGCAUGUGGAAUGAGGUUGAUGCAGUGAGAGAUAUGAUGAAAGCUAUAGGUUUGAGGAAGAGCCCUUGCUAUAGUUGGAUUGAGGUCAAAAACAAAGUGCACAUGCUUCUUGCCGGAGAUGAAUCACAUCCUCAAAUGGCCCAAAUCAUGGAGAAGUUAAAUAAAUUAAACCUGGAGAUGAAGAAGUCAGGUUACUUUCCACAUGCUGACUUUGUGCUGCAAGAUGUGGAGGAGCAGGAUAAGGAGCAGAUCUUGUGUGGGCACGGUGAGAAGUUGGCUGUAGUGCUUGGACUUCUUAAUACUCCACCAGGAGCUCCUCUUCAAGUGGUUAAGAACCUAAGAAUGUGCGUUGAUUGCCAUGCUGUUAUAAAAUUUAUAUCUAGUUUUGAAAGGAGAGACAUAUUUGUCAGAGACAUUAAUAGGUUCCAUCAUUUUAAAGAUGGAGUUUGUUCUUGUGGGGAUUGUUGGUGGAAAAAUUUUAUGGCUGACUCACAAAUUGAAACGGAGGAAGUGAAUUUGUGCAAUUGAGUCCUUUGGUGAUGUAGGAAAAAUAUUGUUUAAUUCUGAUUUGCCACAUUGAGUAAUCUCGGUCAGUUGGUGUCUUUGUGGAUCCCAUGAUGUAGUCGAUUGGGAAACCGUGGGAAUUCAUGGAAAUUAUGGCCAGCUUAGGUUUAGCCACUACCUGCAAAUUUCGGAGGACUUAACGCAGUGGGAGUAAAUGUUACAAGAUUCUAAAUUAAUCUUUUUAAAUAAGUUGAGUUUUUUGUUCUCAUUUGGGUUCUUAUAUUUGUAAGCCCAUUCAACUAAUUUCUAUUUAUACACCUAUCUCCUUACAUUUUACUGGAGUUCACUUAUUGAAUGCGAUGGAGUCAAUUAUUGAUAUGACAUCUAAUGGCAAGACAUGAUGCAACAUUGAAAUUAAUGUAGGUUAGAAAUAGGAUAGCAGUUUCUCUUAGAAGGAAGUGAAUGCUACGUGUGAGUGCGUGUUGACGUAUGAUGAGUUUUGCAUAGGAUGUAAUGAUGUGGAAAGAAUGGGGUUCUGAGGAAUAUAAGCAUUUGGAGAGAUAGUAGAGGCUGGUGUUUAUUUCUAAUUUCCAUCCAAUGAAUAAAAGACAGAGAAAGAGAGAGAGUGAUGAGAAAUGAGAUGAGGGAAAUGAGCUCGGAGCAGCGCGGUUCAACCAAUCACAAAUGGCAACUCUCAUGAGGAGAAGCUACCUUCCUCCACUAGAUUUUCAGGUCUCUUGGCUUCAAAGGAUCGUGAUUUUCUCUUCUCUCCAAAUGGAACUCAGGUGAAGGUUUCUGAUCUUGAAGGCAAGGUGACUGCCCUUUACUUCUCAGCAAACUGGUAUCCACCAUGUCAAAAUUUCACCGAAGUCCUUAUUAGUGCAUAUGAAGAGCUAAGGAAUAGUGGUCUGGUUUCGAGAUUGUGUUUGUGUCAUCUGAUGAAGAUUUGGAUGCCUUCAACAACUAUCGUGCAUGCAUGCCAUGGCUGGCAAUUCCAUUUCUGAUUUGGAGACAAAGAGGGCCUUAAACAGAAAUUCGACAUUGAAGGUAUUCCUUGCUUGGUUGUUUUGCAACCUGAUGCUGAGGAUGAUGCAAUAUGGUACAAUGGUGUUGAACUCAUUUAUAGGUAUGGGAUAGAAGCCUUCCCGUUUACUAAGGAUAAGUUGGAGCGAGGUAUGUUCAUACAACAUAAUCUUUGUGUAUAGUGUUUAUCUAUUCGUAUCCAAAUGAAACCGUAGUUGUACGACAUAUAUUAUUCUAGUUCUUCCACAUACAUAUGUUAAAACUCCAAUGGAACAACUUGUGUUAGUGAUUAUGAAACAUGCUACCUGUUGUACAUGUUUGGUAAAAAUCCUAAUGUCUUGAGGUAAACUGCAUUUGAAUUUACAGCUGAAUUGAGGCAGACGAUGAGAGAAGAGAUGGAGAAACAUCGUGACUGCAACAACAAACAGAAGAUACGUUACUUGAUUAGUGAAGGUUUAUAGAGAUAAAAACAUCUGGAAUGAGAUGCUUAACAUGCGGUGUCACUCCGUAGAAACUGCAUUUGGAACGUCCAAGGACAUGAAACUAAUGGAAUAUUGAGACAAAUGACAAUGCAAGCUACGAAGGUGGGAGUUCUGUUUUUGCACUUCUAGUAGUUUUAGUCCGUGUAUCUUCAUUGGAGCUGGUUUUUGCUCUGCUAAACUGUGGAAAUAUUUAGCAAUUUUCCCUUGUUACGGAUUUAGAAUUUGUUUAUUUUUGUGAUUUAUAUAUUAUAUCCACUAUGCUAAACUGUCCUGAAAGCAUG